CAAAUGAGCAGAGAGAGAGAGAGAGCACAAGCUCAGUGGGGGCAGGGAGAGAGAGAGAACUGGAUAAUGAGAUUGAGGGAGUGAGAGUGAGGAGGAGAGAGAAACAGACAGAGAGAGGCAGAGUUGGGGUACACCUGACCUUAAGAAGGGAGGGGAGCUUCUCUGCACACACACACGCACGCACACACACACACACACACACACAGACACACACACACACACACCCAGACACAGUGCUAGCAGGCAGAGGCAGCGAGCCAGUCAACAGAGAGACUGCCGAACAGCAGCCAUGGCAGACGCCGACUCUCUGAGCGAGGCACUAAAGGCUAUCAGUGUGAGUACAGAGUUAAUUGUGGAGGAGCUCAAGCCUCAUUUGGACACACUGCUGGCUUCUCUACUGGAAAAGAAGAAAGAUGCGGCCAUUGCGAUUGUGAGUAGUGGGAUUCUCCCGACACUGGCCCAGGCCUUACGGAGUAAGAACAGCCUGAGCUGCCAGGUGGCUCUGAUGGUGGCGGAGAUGGCCCGAGAAGCUGCAGUCAGGGAGCCGUGCAUCGAGGCAGGCCUGGUGAAGGCACUGGUUCCCCAUCUGAACAGCAGUGACCAGGAGAUGCUGCUGAACACCGGCAGAGCCAUCGGACGCAUCUGCUUUGACAACUCGUACCAACAGGACCUGUUAGUCCAGAGCGGCGUAAUACCCAGACUGGUGUCCAUAAUGAAGACGUAUCCAGGCAACGACCCCCUGGUUAACGUCUGCCUGCUGGCCCUCUGUAACCUGGCUGACAUGGACUCGGCGAGAGAAGCCCUGGCAGAUGUGGAUGUGGCAGAUGUCCUGACGUUUCAGCUGAAACGGGCUCCCGAUGCGGAGCGACGACACGUCAUCCUGGAAAUACUGGGUGCACUGGGCGAGAGUGAUACACUGAAGCUGCAAUUUGCAGAGUCAGGGGUACCAGAGGCUCUAUCGGAGAUGAUUCGGGGCCUGCAGGGAGGUUGUGACCCCCACGACCUCUGCAGCAUCAAGAUCGCCUCCAACCUAAUAGUGUCCCUGCUUUUAGGAGAUGAGUCUAUGCAGAAGUGUUUUGGUGAGGGAUCAGGUCUGGUGUAUCAGGAUGUUCUGUCCUGGCUCCAGAGCACCAACACUCAGCUGCAGUUGUCCGGAGCCUUGGCCAUCGCCAACUUCGCCAGGAACGACAGUAAUUGCGUGAAGAUGCUGGACCUUGGGGUGGUUCCUCACAUCCUGACCUUGUUGGAGCAACACGUCGACGAGGGAGAUGUGUCUGUUCAACACGCCGGUCUGAGUGCGCUGAGGAACCUGGCCAUUCCUGCCACUAACAAAGUGCGGAUGCUGGAGGACGGGGUGACUGAGAGGAUUAAGGGCCUGCUGCGCUCUGACAUGCCCCCGGUUCAGUUCAAACUGCUGGGUACACUACGCAUGAUGGUGGAUGGACAUGAGGAGGCCGCCUUGGUGCUGGGGAGAGAUGCUGUGCUGCUGGCUCGGAUCAUGGAAUGGUGUGAAGCCAAAGAUCACGCAGGAGUCCGAGGAGAAGCGAGCCGCCUGCUGGCUGCCCUCAUCAGGCACAGCCGCAGCACAGAAGUCGUCCAUGCUGUUGCCAAAGCAGAUGGGGUUCGGCACCUUAUCUCCAUGGCGACGAGUGAGCACGUCAUCAUGCAGAACGAGGCCCUGGUUGCCCUGGCAAUAGCAUCUGCCAUUGACCUUGAGUGUGUGAAGGGUCCAUUUGGGGAGGCGGAGCUGUUGUCCAUGCUCAAGAAGAUGUUGGAGGAUCCCGUGGGGGCGGUCGAAGUCAAGUUCAGCGCUUUAGGGCUCGUCUGCAGCCUGGCCAACUCCAGUGUGAUGAAGGAGGAGUUGAACUCUGUGAACAUGAAGCAAAGCCUGAGCAAACUGACAGACCAUAGCAGCAGUAAACUCGCCUCACAGGCCAGUUCCCUACUGGCCAUUCUCGGUGACACCAGCUAAACCAGCACACUGCGGCAAACAAAGGGUCUCAUCUGCUGUAUGGAUUUAUCCGGCUUAUUCAAUCACAUACUUCAAAAAUGAUCUCACUGCACAGGUGUUGCUAAAUAUCGAUUUGGCUUCUAAAAAAAAGUCAGCUUUUUUGUUUAUUGCAAUAAUAUCCUGUGUGCCCAAUAGCGGCCCCCAGUGGCUGCAGUGUUCACAGGAGGAAUAAACAUACUGUCAGAUUUUCCAGUUUUUAAACUAUGAACACAAGUAGGACUAAAAUUUCAAUGUUUGAUGUGAGUGUUGGGCUAAACAAAAUGCCAUGAGGCCAUUCAAACCAAAGUGGUUCAUUCGGGUGGGAGCAUAGAUAGUAACCUGUUUAUCAUCAUCAUCAUCAUCAUCAUCAUCAUCAUCAUCAUCAUCAUUUCUUGUAAACAAAUGUACAGUAAAUGUUUCACUAGUGGUGGCAGAAGAGGGAAUCACAAAAUCUUCGAUAGUCCUACAAGAUUCAGAAAUGUACAAAGAAAUAUGUUGAAAAUAUUUGAACAAAGAAACAGCACAGACUUUUCUUUUUCUAUAUCUAUACAUUUACUUCAGAGCUUUCAGCAACAUCCCAUGGCCUUCAUCAGUGGGUGGAGUUUGAAUAUUGUUUUUGUUUUUUAUCAAUGACAAAAAGAACUUAAAUAAAGAAAACCUCAUUGGCUGUGACUGAAUCCAAGUAGUCAACCGCUCCUGCAAUUGACUGUUUGACUUAAUAUAUCUUUCAAUUAUUUUUUGAAUUAUAAUGACUCCAGUCACAGAUAAGAUCACUGGCUACGGUCGUUGGUAUGAAAGGGGAUGCGCAGUGCUUUGGGCUUGUUUUCACAGUUUAUCAGUGGUGCCAAAUUGACAUUUAACACUGAGGAUUAAUUUUCACAAGCUGGUCAAGAUGACCAAAGACUUGCAUCGCCAGAAUCUUAAACACGCUACUCAUCAUCCACCAUCCAAGCACUUUAAAAGCAGAGCGUCCUUGUCUGUAUAUCGCCCCGGGCAUCCCGAAGAGGCGAGUCCAACAAACCUCCUAAUGGAGCCACAUUAACAAGCAAUAAAUCUGCAUGGCAUGAUCUAUACUGUGGUCCUUAAACCUUUAUGGUGAACUGGAUUUCCCACACUUUGUCUCAUUGAACAGAUCUAGUAAUAACGUCAAGCUCUCAUUCUGUACCGCAGCCAUAGUGUUGUCUCCCAGUUGAAAGUCUCUUUGGGCUAAAAGCGUCUGCCAAAUGAGUAAAUGUAAAUGUAAAUGUUUUGGUUUUCUCCCUCAUAGCGUCCUGAUCUCCUUCAAUACACAUUGUAUUGUAUAUAACUUACAUGCAUCUAUAUGAGUGCUUGAAUCGUGUUACUGUGCUAGCAAGUGUGGAUAAAAACUUUAAACACAAGUAAGAAAAAAUUCUUCAAAAUUAUGUUUGUCGCAAGCAUUUGGAUCACUACAGGAAAAUUAUUUUUAUUGUGGUCCGAAUGUGAUGAGGAUUUUCGACAUUCACAAGCACAUCUUGACAAAGAGUAACAUAUGGUGGAUUGACUGCGAGCGGUGAUGUAGAAAUGUGCUUCUUUCAUGAUAUACAGUUGGUUGUGGUUGCAAAUGCAACAGGGCACACAAAGGACAAUCAAACAAAGAUGAAUAUCUGUCAAUGGACAUAAGGCAACAGGUUUACUGUAAUGUUUCAUGUAAUAUCUGUAUUGACAUUAACUCUGUAUACAUGACUAGAUAUCAUUUAACAUUUGUGAACAAAUCUGUAUAUUUUUCAGGAAGGGCAUUUUGACAUUUAACAGGGGCUUUGUUCUUGAGAGAGUGGGAAUAUAGUUAGGCAAUGUC